AUGCCCCGUCUAGACGGCAAAGUCGCCAUCGUAACCGGAGGAAGUUCCGGCUUCGGCGCGGCGAUAGUGCGCCGCUUCCACCAAGAAGGCGCCCGGGUGAUCAUCGCGGACAUCAACGCCGCGGCCGGGGCGGAGCUGGCAGCCACGGCGCCGACGGCGCUGCAUUUCGAGCGGGUCGACGUGACGGUCGCGGCGGACUGGGCGCGGGCGGUGGCGGUGGCGGUCGAAAAGUUCGGGCGCGUGGAUGUCUUGGUCAAUAAUGCGGGGACGACGUAUCGGAAUAAGCCAACGGUCGAGGUCACCGAGGCGGAGUGGGAGCGGGUGUUCACUGUCAACGUGAAGAGUAUCUUUCUCGGGAGCCAGGUGUUUGUGAAGCGGCUGCUGGAGCAAGGGGGCGGGGGAUCGAUGAUCAAUAUCUCGUCGACCGGGGCGACGAGGCCGCGGCCCGGGUUGGUGUGGUAUAAUGCGUCCAAGGGGGCGGUUUCGAACGCAACCAAAGGUCUCGCGGCCGAGUAUGGUCCGCACAAUAUCCGGGUCAACACCGUCUCGCCAUUGCUGUCGGGGACCGGGUUGUUCUCCUUGUUCACCGGCAUGGACGAUACGCCCGAGAACCGGGACAAGUUCAUCGGGAAUGUGCCCUUGGGACGGCUGACGGAGGUAGACGACGUCGCCAACAUGUGCGUGUAUCUCGCGAGUGACGAGGGGAGCUUCGUCAAUGGGGCGGAGAUGAUAAUCGACGGAGGCAAGUGUAUUUGA